UUUGGUUUAUGCGGUCGGUAAAAAUGAGAAUGUAGGUUUGUUUUGUGAGUGUCUGGGCAUCAGUAUAUGACGUGCAUAGAUACAUAUGUGUGAAGCUGCAAUGUGAUAUUUAAUAAUAGGCAAAUAAAACUUUAAAGAACUAUUUUUCAAGAUAGGGCACAUUUUUAAGCAGCCAGAAAUGAUUACUAGAAAAUUCAGAUAAAAAUGAUAAGGCAAAUUUAUUGGACGGCUACAAAAAGUCGGGCAACUUUGCUCGUGAUAAGUAUUUGUGUGCUGAUUGUACGUAUCACGUCUGGAAAGAAUCUGAAUGCAAGUCAAGCUUUUGACGACACAUGGAACACGGCAUCCGAUUUAGAAAAUGAACUAGAACAACAAAAACGAGCUAACGGCAACAGCGCGCAUGUAUUGAGUUCAGGGUUAACGACCAGUGGAGGAUAUGGCCAAUGGUCAUCCUGGUCAGAUUGGUCGACAUGCUCUCGCACCUGUGAUGGUGGUAUUAUGCAGCAAAUACGUCGGUGCAGCACCACAGGUAACUGUCGCGGCGAGAGUGCUCGAUAUCGCAUCUGUAAUAUGCAACCAUGUCCGGAGCAGCAGGACUUCCGGGCAAAUCAGUGUGCCGCUUACAACGAUGUACCCUAUGACGGAACCCUCUACAAAUGGACCCCACACUAUGAUUAUGUUGAGCCCUGCGCCCUUACGUGCAGAGGUCAUCCCGCUCAUCUCACAGAAGACAUCUCACCAGAGUCAGCUAGCGCCAAUGGAGAGGAAUCACUGCAUUACGACGAGCAGAGUGUCAUUGUGCAAUUAUCGGCACGUGUUCAGGAUGGAACACGAUGUCGCUCCGGAAGCUUGGAUAUGUGCAUACAAGGCAAAUGUCAGCGUGUCGGCUGUGAUUUAAAAAUAGGUUCCACUAAAAAAAUUGAUGGUUGUGGCGUGUGUGGGGGUGAUGGCAACUCCUGUUCGCAACCGCUAUAUUACUGGGAAUUGGCACCGAUGACACAAUGUUCUGUCACCUGCGGCGGCGGUUACAAAAUGUCUCGCCCUAUAUGCAGGAACCGUCUCACUGGCGCUGAUGUCGAUGAGACGCUCUGCAGCGUUGCUAAUCGCCUCGAGCCAUCAGUGGUGCCAUGUAAUACACACAGCUGUCCGCCGCGUUGGAUAACUGACGAUUGGAGUGCCUGCAGUCGUCUUUGUGGACACGGUUACCGAGAACGGAUGGUUGUCUGCGCUGAGGCGACCAACGGCAUCAAGACGAGGGUUGCAGAUAUUAUGUGUCGAACUCUGAAGCCACCAACACAAGAGACGUGCAUUAUAGAGGAGUGUCCGCAUUGGGAGGUGGAGGACUGGACUGGAUGUUCCGUUUCAUGCGGACAAGGUAUUCAGAUGCGUGGUGUGGAAUGUAAAUCCACAGAUGGCAGCCUAAGUGCCAAAUGCGACCCCUUGACCAAGCCAGGCGGCAUGCAGCAGUGCUCAAUUGGUAUACGUUGCGCUAGAGGAAGUAGUGGUAACGACAAUGGAGCAGGCGGACUUAAUAAUGGCGGUGGUACCAUCAUUGUUGGCAGCAGCCGAUCUUUGAACGAGCAUUCGGACCGUCAUAAUGAUGGAUCUGAUCUCUAUGACGAUGAUGAUAAAGAUGAAGAUGACGAUGAUGACGUUGAAGACACUGAUUCUGGACAAGCCACCGACACUGAUGAUGACGAGGGCUUAUCCUAUUCCGAUCAGUCAAUACAUUAUGCACAUCUCACCCAAAAUAGAAUGCAUCAUGAGAUCGCAGAGGAGCCGCUCACCAUGCGACUAAUGAGCUCUACCAAUAACUAUAACAAUGCUAAAGUCGCGGCGAAUGAAGAAACAGAUGUUCCAUCAUUAGACCCAACUUUUAUCAAGGACACGGAAUGGUCACCUUGUAGCGUAACGUGUGGCGAGGGAAUUCGUCGACGUACAUUUAAAUGUAAAAUCUAUCUAGAAUACUCCCGUACAGUGGCCACGGUAAAUAACACCUUGUGCGAAGGGUCCAAACCCCACGAUGAAGUCGAACGUUGCGUAGAGGAUCCAUGCAUGCUGCCCUCACAUGGGUAUGACGAUCAGUUUCCUCGUGACUCAAUAAAGGUCGGAGUAUCAGAACCGGGGAAGACUUAUGUGUGGCGUGAGCAAGGCUAUACUUCAUGCAGUGCCUCUUGUUUGGGCGGUGUAGAGGAGUUGAUUAUUAACUGUGUGCGUGAGGACAACGGGCGGGUAGUUUCGCCAUUCCUUUGCUCGCCAGAAACAAAACCGGAAGCACGUGUUCGUACAUGUAAUGAUCGUCCAUGUCCCCCACGCUGGAAUUAUUCAGAUUAUACGCCGUGCUCCAAAAGUUGUGGCAUUGGUAUUAAGACACGCGAAGUGCAAUGCAUUCAUGAGGUAACCAGAGGCGGUGAGAACACUAUGGUCGUGCCGAACAGCAUGUGCCCACAGCCGCCACCAGCAGAUCGUCAGUAUUGUAAUGUUCUUGAUUGUCCAGUGCGCUGGGAGGUAGGUGAGUGGUCGAAGUGCUCGCACACAUGCGGCUAUGGCAUCAAAGAACGUAAAGUAGAAUGCAAACAAAUUAUGGCACAGGAGCAUAAAAUUGAACGAGCUGAAUCCAUGUGUCCUAGUGUCAAGCCGCCGGAUAAAAAGCCGUGCAAUGUCAAGACAUGUCCCCCUGAAGAUCCUAAGCCUGUUAUACAAAUUAGCAAUUCGACACACAUUCAGCACGAUCCGAAAAAGACAAAGAUUACUUUAAAAGUAGGUGGUGCUGGUGUCGUAUUCUUCGGCACCCAAGUGAAGAUCAAAUGCCCAGUUAAACGCUACAAUCGCACCAAAAUCAAAUGGAGUAAGGAUCAUAAGCCACUAACACGAUCCCGUAAAUUUAAAGUAUCCAAAAAGGGAGCGUUACGGAUACUGGACAUCACAUUUCGCGAUGCAGGUGUAUAUUCCUGUCACGCUGGUCUCAGUUCGGCUGAAAUUCAAAUUGAAGUUAAGGCAAAGCCCGGCCAACAAACUGAAGAACUUGAACGGUAUGAAGCAGAUCGACUAGUCCGUGAACAAAGCGGAACGGAAGCCCUAACUUCAGCAGACAUGACAUCCGCUCCUAAUGGCGGUACAGAACAAGAAACACCAGGUGGCACUUAUGGUAGCUCUAAUGGAUCUAAUCAGCAGUCCACUCGCCGCAAACAGCAGAAUCCGUUGGAUAGAUUGCAGAAUGGACGUGAACGAAAUCGACGUCCCAAAAAUAAUGGAUUUCAACAUGCGGACAGCAGCAUUAUGGAAGAUGAGCAUUCGCAACUAGUUCAAACUCAGGACAGAAUCCCAGAGCCGGCGAGUGCUAGCAGCGGCAGCAGUCGCUCCAGAACUUUACUGGCCAUGCCUUAUUUUCAUGCGUUACUAAGUAAUCUCCAGCUAUUGUGGCCGCUGCAGCCCUUUAGAAAGUCGCGCGGCCAGCAAAUAUGGCAUGACGUACCUUUUGAUUUGGAACCACAACGUUUGGAACAGGAUGAAGCAUUAAUCGAAAUGACUAAAGAUUUGCAGACGGAGUCUAGUCGUAUCAUGCCCGUAAGCAAGUCGCCAAUAACAAUAGCAGAGGCUUUUACCAAUUUGAGACAUGCAAAGAACGAUCGAUAUAUAUACAAAUGGCAGCUGGGGGAGUGGUCCAAGUGCUCACAGCAGUGUGGUGCCGCAGGCGGCGGAUUGCAGCGCCGCUCGCUGAGCUGCCAGCGUACGGAAACAAAGGCAUUGACAUGGAGGACAACUGGAAAGACACCAACGACAUCGAUGUCAAAUGGCAACAGUGUAGAUGUCGUUGAAAAUGCACAGUGCACAGCCCAAGGGCUGGAUUUGCCCAACACGUUCCAGAGCUGUGGCGACGAGCCCUGUCCUUACUGGGCCAAAGGAGAUUGGACGCUCUGCCAGCAUUCGCCUUGCCAUGAACGCAAUAUUGCCGUACAGCGGCGUGAAAUAAGCUGUCUGUAUGAAAACGGCAGUUUGGGUACUCCCUGCCAUGAGUAUCAGAAACCACCAGCGCGUCAAGAAUGCUACAAUGAGCGCUGCAAGGGUGUUUGGCAUGUAGAGCCAUGGUCUGAGUGCAAUGCGCCUUGUGGUCGUCAGGGAAUAAAAUUUCGCAUUCUGCAGUGCGUCUGGUAUGGCACUCAUAGACCCGCGGGUAACGUCUGCAAACAUCACCCUCGGCCAGUGGUAAUGAAAGUGUGCAAAAGUCGGUCUUGUCGAGCCAAAAGUUGUCUGGAUACCUCACGAUAUUGCCACAAUGCUUUAGCCAUGGGUCUGUGUAGACUGCAUCGUUAUAAGGAAAAAUGCUGUGGUUCCUGUCAGUUCAAUCAGCAGAAGCAUCUAUAGAUCCUCAGCCAGACCAAACUAAAAACGACAAAACAUUUACUAAGCAACUACGUAAACAACAUGGCACUAAUCUGAAUUUAGAUUUAAUAAAUUGAUUACAUAAGUUCUCAAAUACAUUUGCAAAGAAUGUAACUUAGUUAAAUUUAUAAAAUAUAAGACACGUUUAAUUGAAACUAACGAUAUUGUUGAGGAUAGUGUUGACAAAACAUCGAUACUAUAUGCUAUCGAUAACUCGGAAUCUAUGUAGUAAUGACUAUCUAUAAUUUCGAUAGCGUUAGCGGUCGAAUAUAUUUUUCUGCAUUUUUCUAUGUUUAGACUGCCUGCAUUGCUCAAAACUUCUGAAGUGUAGAACAAAGUGAACAAAAGCGUAUAAGAGAGCGACAAUUUUUGAAGCACGUUAUCAAUUAUGGAAAUGAUUGACGAUCACUAGCAAUAAGCUGAUUAUUAAAUUUACAAAUUUUACUCGCUUUGAAAUUAUUGGUAAUUGCUUGCAAUUAGUUCAAAUAAUGCAAAUAAAAAAUAUGAGAAAAUAGUGAUCAGAUUGACCUUUUUGGAAUCUAUGUAAUUGUUUCAGAACGAGUUGUUUGAUAUGAUGCAAACUCGAAAUAAAUAGUCAUUGAAUAAUAAAAAAUAAAAAAUUAUGUAAUUUUUGAAUGCACCUAAUAAAAAAUAUUUAAUUUUAUGUUUAUGUUAUGUUUUGUUUGUAUUACUAUCUUUAUUUGAAUUUUAUAGUUUGUUUAUUUUUGCAACACUAAACACCUGUUCAAAUAAAUAGGGUAACUAUUUUGUUAGCAUUUCUAAUAAUAUGACAUGAUGGUCGCUGAGUAAGUCGAUGGCUAGCUACAUUUUCAAACAUCGAUAGUACUAUUGAUAGUUUUGUCAACACUAGUUAAGGAUAGAUAUUAUAUCAAUCCAAAUCAUAUUAUAAUAUUAUUCACACGUGUCGAUUUACGAGGUCACAAUAAAAAGCCCUGUAAUCGAGCACUUUUUAAGUGGACGUCCCUUGUGAGCACACAAACUUUUUAAAACGGUCCAAAGGUGAAAAGUGAAAGACGAAAUAGAACGCUUGGCUUUUUUACAUCAAUCCACUUUCAACCAACUUGUAUACGUAUGAAUCAGAUUAUAUGUAUUUUUCAGGACUUCUUGGUAAAAAUUUAAUGUAAUCUGAUACCAAAAUGCUGUGGUUAUUAUCGUAUUAAGACAUUGUGGAGUUUGUAAAAGCCAAAUUUUUCCAUCACUCAAAAAGUGCUCGUCAGAAUUAAACUUAAGCAAGUUAAUUUUACAGAUGCUUAUAUAUAGAUUAUUCAUAUAUACGGGGUGUCACUGAAAUAACUGGAGAUUUAAAUUUGAUUCAAUUUUAGAGAGUAAAAUUGCCGCUUAUCAAAAAAAAAAAAAAUGUUUUAAAAUGUAUAUAUUCUCAUAUCUAGAAUUGUUUUUCAGAAUAUUAGCAAUAUAUGUAUGUAGUUCAUACAUUAAAUUAAGAAAACUACAGCAUUUGGGAAUAGGACGAUUGCCUAUGAAUGUUAUUGUUCUUAGUCGAAAUUUUGAUGAGUAAUAAAAUACAUAAAAAACAUAAAGCAUUUAAAUUUGGCUUUCAAGCCUUCAGCCUUCUCUUACUUUAGAUAUUAACACAAUGUAAACCUUGUAAAUAUUGCAACCUUAUGCUGCAGUACCAUUCUUAAAUUCACAAUGAACUGGCCUCUUAGAACUGCAAAUAUUUUAGUAUUAUUUUUUGUAUGUUUAAUUAUGACAGCUGCAUCUUUUGAUGUCGAUAUUAUCAUUACAAUUUUAUUUUGAAUGCAAUUGCUGAUCGAAUUAAGAAAAACCGUAUUUAUUUUAAUUUAUUAUGUAAGUAUUAAGUUUUGAGGAUUGAAGUCUCCAAAUAUUUAAAAAUUGAAUGAAAAAUUAUGAAAAACAAAAUUUAUGUGGCACCCCUAAUAUAUACAUACAUACAUACAUAUAAAUGCGAUAAAAUGAUUUACGUCGAUAAGCGACUAGUUGUCAUCUAAGUAAAAAUGUCGUAAGAUACACCGAAUUUAAACUUAUAUAAAGCAAGUAAGAAAUCCAUAGUCGAGUGCGCUAGACUGUUAAAUACCCGCUAUCCAUUUUCAAUAAACGCAAAAUAUUGCGAAAGCGGCAUUAUCUUUGAAAUAUACCAAAUUAAACCAAAAUAAAACAAAAAAUAUUGAAAUACAUCAAAAGUGGUCUAUGUGGUCUAACGGCCUACCUAUACAUUAACAAAAUACUAUGUUUUAGUGAUCAAAAUCUGUCAGAUUGAUCGUCGCGACAACUUAUUGGUGGGAUUAAAAAUCGAAACAGCCGUUUAGACUAUGUAUGUACAAUGUCAUCUUUCACGGGCAUACAAAUAUGUAUAAUUUAAUAAUUUUCAAUACUUUGCAAAAUAACUUAUAUCAGUUUAUUAUUACUAGUUUUGGUUCUAGCAAUUAAGAAAUGUUACUCUUAAUUGAAUCUACAAACUCCUAAAAAUUAAGCGAAUAUUUGAAAGUUCAAAAUGGACGAAAUGGUAUAUUCUUUCAAUGUCCGUGGGUGGAAGUUGACUUACAAAAUUUAAUGUAAAAAUAAUUGUUUAAAAAAUUGAAACGCAGAUAUACUUUAUGAUGUCGAAGAUUCGUUUUUUGGCAUGUUGUCUACAUUUUCUUGUGGAUAAUUUUAUAAUACCUCUUUGUUCUGUGGGUAGCGGGUAUAAAAAUAAUCUAAAGUAAAUAAAUAAGCUUAAUAGUCAAACGAUUGUAUGGAUAUAUGAUUAUUAUGAACAAGUGUGGUAUAAACGUAUGAAGGAGAAUCUAGUCAUUCACUGUGCGUUUCUGCCGGUUCCUAAUUAGGGGAACACGAAUUAUUUCCAAAAACGUCCGUUUUGGCAGUCCUAGAACGUCAUAAAUAAACACAAAAUAGCUGUCGAUACUUUCGAUAUUCGAGAGCACAUCAGCAUUUCUUUUAAACUAAAUUUAUCAUAUCCAUAGAUAAGAUGGGAAUGGAUGAAAUGAUACCUCAGCUUAAAUUUUCUUUAAACGGAUGUGACCAUUAUUUCCAUUAUUUUGCAGUGUCAAAUUUAUGAUGGAUUAUUAACUUUUGUAGGUCCGUUAAAAAUAAUAGCACUAGACAAAACUACAAAUUAUUUUAUCUUUAUAAUAGACCAUUUUUUUUAAAAGAACUAAUCUAAUCGAAAGCAAACUUAUUUACAUACAUUUGGUUUUAAUGUAAUACAUUGGGUUUUGUAACUAAAUAAUUAUUCAAAAUAUUAUGAUCUCAAGCUUUUAUAUAAUUAUAAAAACUACAGCACUAAUUAGUAUAAUACGAAGAGUUAAUUCAACAAUUAACAUAUGUAAAUAUUUAAGAGAAAUUAAUAACAGUUAAGAUAAGAACAUUAUAAUAAAAGACAAUUUUGAAAAGAAUAAUAAAAACCUCAAUUCUGUUUGUAUUUCGCAAACUUGAAUAUUUCAAUACCUUGAAUGAAAAUUAAAGCCUAUUUCAUAUGGUUUUAAAAUUCUAAAGUCCAAAUUAUUGUACAUAACCGCUUUAGUUAAACAUUGUUGAUAUAUAAUAUACAUAUAUGAAUAUGAAUAAUUGUAAUUAGUUUAUAUUUUGUAUGAGCAACUUAUUUUAUAAACAUAUAUUUAAAAAUUGAACAGCAGACAUAAAAUGUAAACCGUUAGCUGCUAAAUAUAAGUAAUAUAAGUAAAAAUAUUGAUAAAGUAUGAAAUGUUAAAAGCGAUUAUGUUAUGAGGGCUAUAAAAAAUGUUACAACAUACUGUACACGACUAUAAACGGUAAUUCAGUAAUAAUAUUUCCAUUUGUGUUUUAUUCGAAUGCAAUUCAUUCAUUCUAAGCGGUUCGUUUGAAAUAUUGAAAUCUUGACACAAACAACUAAUCAAAUUUAUGAAAACAUGAUUACUUGACUUUCAUGUAUUUUAUAAAGAGUACAAAACUCAGUGACGCUAAGUUAUCUAUUCAGUCGUUCCGGCCUUCAUGCCCAGUGUUAAAAUAAUACACAAAUAUAGACUUAACAAAACGCAAGCUUGUAUUACAGCUUAUUAUACUAAACAUACGUAUAUUUAUAUCAAAUACGAAUAAAUAAAUCGAAAUCACCACUGCAAGAUGUUUACAAAAUAAAUACAAAGGCAAAAUAAAAAAAUAUUGUAAGAAAAUAGAAAUGAAAUAAAUAUUAUUGAUUAAAUAUAAAUAAAUAAUUCAAGCAAUUUAUA